UACCCACCGACGCUAUGCUGGUUUCCAUGCCUCAUGGUAUCCUCCCUUUUUCAUCUCAAGCUUCCAUCCAAGGUCGUUGCGGGCGCGACGCGCGUCGCAAAGAGCCGAGUGAAGAAGCCGAAGCCGAAGAAGACUGCGCUGCAGAGAUUGAUGGCUCAAAGCAAGGAGAGUCUUCAGAAGCGCACGGACGAGCAGCUGGUGGUAGUCCAGGCCCUCAAGGACCAGACUGCCGCUGCUCUUUCAGCCGAGGGGCUGGCUGCUUCACUCCAGGCCGAUAACGAAGCAAUGCUUGAAGCCGCCGUUCCUGACGCUUCUCCCACUCCUGGUGCUGGAACUACGCACAAGAGAGUCAGAAACGCUGAUUCGGGCGUCGGCAGCUCGGUGGAUUCGAUUUAA